AUGAUACUAGGCAUAGCAGAAGAAGGAUUGGCAAUGGCAUUAUCCUCAACAUGUCCCUCCAGCACAACUUUUUUAGGUGGUCGAGCUAUAGACCGCUGCAAUCCCAUUAUCCGAGAUGCAAGGAGACUCGGCAAAGUAGUGCAGAUGAAUACUACAGACACUGAACCACCUUCCCCUCCUCCUCAACCAGCUACAGACCAAAAUUUUGUGAACAGCAUGAAUGAUAUUAUUCAUCAGACUGAGAAGAAGAAGAAGAAGAAGAAGGCGCAUAUGAUAUCUUCAUUGAAGAAGGAAAAAAAGACUAAUAGUAGUGCAGAUUGUGCUGGCAAAAUGGUAAACAAGACUGGUAGUACUAGUAAGGUUGCUACAGAUGAUUAUGAGAUUAUUGUCGAUAGCCCUGGUGAUUCUUCAAGGUACUUGUUGACUACUACUAAUAGUAGUAGUACUCGUGAAAUGAAAUCAUUUGUAUAUUCACAACGAUUUGAUCCUCGAUUGGCUAUGGUGGAACAAUCUUCGGCUACCUCUUCCUUUUCUUCUCCAGUAACUUCUUCCCCUGCCUCUGCAGCUCCCAACCACCAGGUAGUAGUUCUUCGUGUGUCUCUUCAUUGCAGAGGAUGCGAAAGAAAAAUGAGGAAACAUAUAUCCAAAAUGGAAGGAGUAACAUCUUUUAACAUAGACUUUGCUGCAAAGAAGUUGACAGUUGCUGGAGAAGUGACACCGUUAUCUGUGCUGGCUAGUGUCUCGAAAGUGAAGAAAGCUCAACUCUUGACAUCACCGGCUCCAACAACGUCCUCCUCAACAAUCCCGUCUUACUCAGAUCAGACUAUAUCACCAAUUAGCCAAGACAAGGUGAUAAUCGUCUGA